UCGACCUGUUAAUGAAUGCUGCCUCUUUUAUCUCACCAACCACCACCAUCUCUUUAGAUCUGAAAUGUUUUUUGAAAUGCAUGGGAGUUGAGUUUGGAAUGUUUGACCUGGGUAUGUUGAGCAGCAUCGCAACUCUGCGGCAGAUAGAAUUAGUGACCAUGGACGAUGCUGUCAAAAUGGAGCAAGGAUUUACUGCCUUCGAUGCGUGCAGUGGCAAAAAGUUUGACGACGAGUGCGUGACUGCCUACGAGACUUAUAAAUGCGGCCAAGAAAAGGCGCCGGAUUUGGUCACGAAAAUUGUCCAAAGAAAUUUCGAUAAUGGAUCAGUGUAUUCACCGCCGUCACCGUGCGUUCCACCACGCCGAACUUGUUGGCUUACGGAUUCGAUUCCCUGCAUUUUGAACCAAACUACGUAUAACACGCUCUUCGUGGAUCCGAAUCCUUCGGGCACAGGCAUGGCAAUAUUUAUUUGAAAUUACGUAUUUCCUUAACAAUCCCCGUGAUUUAAAGAUGGAAAUGGAUACGUGGGAUACUAUGGAAAUAAGACGUUGUAUUUUGGCAAUAUUAACAGUGGACAAGCUUUGAAUCCGGUGGACGCGUACAAACGCUGCUGUGCUCGUGGAAUGCAUCUCCUGGAACCUGAAUCAAUGGCCGAACUGACAGACCUUUUACGACCAUAUACGGAUGGAUUGUAUAAUAUGCGGGCGGUGAUCGGCGACACAAGGUCGAUCAACCAGACGCACGAGGUGUGGUGUCGCAGCGGACAGAUGGUUUCGCAAGACUUGUUCAUCCCCGGAGCUAACUGGUAUCCGUGCUGGCAGUCGGUGGUCAGCGUGGUGGUAAUCUCUCCACCGUGGAUUGUCCACGAGUACUUGGAAGGCGAGAACAUCUACAAGAGCUAUCUCAACGGCACUUAUAAUGUACAAAAAUUCCACUCCUUUAUUUGUGUCAAACCGUAGUUGAAAACAAAAAAUGCUUUGCUGUAAAAUUUUUUUGGUGUGGGUGCAACAAUUCUUUUCUUCUUUAUGCUAAUUAAGAAACUGCGACGUUGUACGGUGAUUCUUGGUUUG